ACGAGUUUGUCUCUGUUACAAUGACCCUCUUGAAUCACUGCCGAGGUUGAGGGUGGCGAAGGUCUGCUGCUGGUAGUGGAGUAGCAGUGACCCGCCCCAGGAGCAUCUCACAACCAUGCCUCGCUUUCGACCAGUGUUUGUUGCUGUUGCUCUGAUGGUGGUGAUGGAAGUGGCUACAAAGAAACUGGACGGGCAUACCCACCAGUCUGCGUAUGGGGCGGCUCCAGAGGACAUCAAGGAUCCCACGGCACGAAGCCAUCAGCAGCCCUACGCCGCGGCACAGAACCAGCUCCCGUUAGAACCAACACUCUUGCCCGCUCGUCCUGUUGCUAUUAAAGGCCCGAGGGAGACUGCCGUGGGCCAUGCCUCGCGUUUUCCGGCGCAGUUGGGUCUCUAUCCUCUGGUUGGGCAGCGUAAGGUGGUGGAUACCCAGGUCAGGUGCCUUAAGACUCACAUGCAGGUCGUUUUCAAAUUCUCCGCUCCGUUCUCGGGUUACAUCUAUCCGUAUAAUCACUUCACCGAAUGCCUGCUCUUGCAAGGCCGGGGUGUCCAGGAAGCUUCCAUGGAUCUGAAGCACGGUACCUGCGGGGACGAGGAAAAUCGGGUCAUUAUCAGAGAUCGCUCCUACCUCGAUCCCGUCAUAGAGCACCGCCUUAUGAUCCAGUGGGAGAGGGACAUCAUUUGCGAGGACGACGUGAGCGUGAUCGUCCGCUGCGACCGACCCGAGGACUUCAAUAAGACAGUGGAAUGGAACUUUGAAACUCAGCACUUAAGGGCUACACUGGAGCGCUCCCAACAUCCUGGACCCAAAAUGUGGAUGGAAAUCCAGAGGGGUGAGGGACCCACGGCCCCGCCGCUCGGCAACGAGUUGGUCUAUAUUGGUGACGUGCUCACUCUUGUUUUCACGUUAACUGAUGACGUGUACUGGUUUGAUUCCAAUAUCGUGGCCUGCUUUGCUGUGGACGGGGGCGAGAAGAAGGCUCAGAUCGAGUGGGACACGAGCAACAACAAAGAAGUAACCCAACAAGCCCGAGUGUUCAGCGGCGAGAUGACGGUGAUAGAGGAGGGCUGCUCUAUCAAGCCAAAGAUCUUCUCUCACUUCAUUAAAGAGAAACACACACGGCCCAAUGGAGAUCUGGUCACGCUCCAUUACGCGUUUUUCAAGGCUUUCAGAUUCCCAACUUCCACCAAAAUAAUCCUGCAGUGCCACGUGCAGGUCUGCUACAAGACCUGCCCUGAGCCACCGCCCUGCGACGAUGUUUACCACCCGCGACGCAGCGAAGAGUCAAAGAGGCGGCGGCGACGUGAGGUAGAGGCUGCGGCGCAGGAAGGUGGUCACGAGGUGGACCAGGUGAACAUGUAUCGCUCAGUGGAUGUGGUUUCCGCCGAGGAGAGCGGAGAGAAAAGAGUGUCCGUGGCAGCCCAGACUGAGCAUGCCGAGGACUGUUGCCCGCACCCCACUGCCGGCACUACCAGCACCGUGAUGAUCGUGCUGCUUUGCGUGAUGCUGGUGAUGGUGCUGGGCCUGGUAUUCGUCAUUCUCAGAGACAGACAUUCCAAGCAAGGCUCUCUAGAUGUACAAAAAUAAGCAUGGAUAUUUAAGUGAUAGUUUUAUGAAAGUUCGUUAAGUUUUAUUAAAGAUUUCUUCACUA